AAUAACAAGAAGGGAAUGGCUGGGAGCUCUGUAACCGACGAAACAAAGCAAGCGUUAAGUCAGUACAAGUAUGCAGACAUUGCCAAAAGGGAUAUCAUGAACGCUAUAAGUCAAUUUAAAGACCUAAGGCCUGAACUUGAGAGAUUUUAUUUUGGAGACGGUACAAAGAAAAAUCUUUUGAAUUUAAACGGCACUAUUCCAGUAAAUUACGAGGGAAAUGAAUACAACAUUCCAAUCAUAGUUUGGAUACUGGACACACAUCCCUAUAACUCGCCAAUGGUUUAUGUAAAACCAUCCAAUAACAUGUACAUAAAAGCCAAUAGAAAUGUGGACUCAAACGGGAAUGUUAACAUACCCUAUCUGAGGGACUGGAGAUACCCCCAGUCGGACCUUCUUGGUUUAAUACAAUUCUUGAUCAAAGUGUUUGGGGAGGAACCACCGCUUUAUUCCAGCUCUGUAGCAUCACAACAGAGACAUCAAGUCCAGAGUGAACAUUUGUCGUCUGUUUCUGAUGAAAGGCCAAACAUUUCCUCCUUUCCUGUUACAGGUUUGGCGCCAUUGACCACCCCUGGACUUGAAGAUAUUGAAAAGCGUUUGAUGCGCUUCCUAAAGCUGGUAAGACUUUCACGAGAUGCCCUUCAAAUAUUUUUCGAUGACAUCUUCCCUGAACAUGAACUGCAGAACAUGUUGGCCGACAAAAAAUACCUCAUUGUGAACGGAGAAAAAAGAGUACAAAAAGAUCAGAUACCUGUCCUUUAUCCAGGUUAG